AUGUCAUCUUCACGCUGUAAUCAAAGAUGCCCACCAGCUACGCAGUAUUUUUGUUUUUGUUCAGAUAUUUCAAUGUCUGUCUAUGAUGUCACAUCAAGAAGUGUCUACGUCCGAUGGUCAAAAGUUGCUGGGGCGAUGUCGUACAAAAUCACAGCAAUCCCUGUUAUGUCAUUGGCUCAGCCUACAUUUGCAGUGUUUAAUUCAGCUACUAUUUUGGGGACCAUAAAUACACUUCUCCCAAAUACCAACUAUGAAGUAGCAGUGGAAGCCUUGAACCAAGAUGGCAUCAUUCUUGCUCAAGUUCAAAAGGUUCAGAUGACAGCUCCUGAGGUUCCCAUUAUUGAGCAAACAUAUUCGAAACUGAGUAACAGCAUCACUGUUGAAUGGCCGGAGGUUCCUGGAGCCUCUAGGUACCUGGUAACCGCACAGGAUGGGAAAUUCUUUUCUGAGACCAUAGUCUCUAGUUCCCCAGGAACUGUUACCGGCUUGCAACCUGCCACUAGCUACAGAAUCACUGUGCGAUCCAUCAACGAUGCUGGGAAAAGUCAACCUUCUCGUCCCAGGAAUGCAAAAACAGUGCUGGCGGCUCCAUUGGUCUCUGUGGUUUCCCCUACCAGUGACUCAGUGAGCGUAAGCUGGCAGGUGGUCCCUUCAGCUGCAUUAUACUCUGUGUCAGUCAUGAGAUCAGAUGGUCUGGGAAACAGAUGGAAUCAGAACACAACUGGCACGUCCAUCAACUUCACCUCUUUGGAUCCUGGCACCAUCUACACAAUAAAAGUUCAUGCCUGGGAUGCACAUGGGACACCAGGGGAUGAUGUCACCUAUAACCAAAUUAUCCGCCCCAUAUGUCCAUCUGAUCUUCAGAUAACGUUCGACAGUGGAGCAUUGGAAGCCACUUUUGCUGUAAUAGGAGCUGAAGCCACAACCAACUACACUGUGUUUGUUUCUAAUGGAAUAGACAGCAUAAACUGCACAAUGUCUGCGUCCCCAUGUAUAAUCUCCGAUCUGCAAUGUGGAAUGGAGUACACGGUGUCUUUGGCUGCAAGAAACGAUGCAGGAUCUACAAUGGCCAACAGGACAUGGCUCAUAAAAUCUGUUCCCUGUGCGCCCAGUGGAAUCACCAUCAUGGAGGAGAACCCAGGCAACUUGACAGUGUCUUGGUCCGAUGUUGAACUUGCAGAGUAUUAUGUGGUAUUUGUGAAGAGCGAUGAUGGCUUGGAAGUCCAUUGUAAUACAUCCCAGACAGUCUGCUUCUUUCCAGCUGAGUGUGGCUUCAUCUAUUUCAUGAGUGUUUUCGCAUAUAAUAAAGCAGGGCAGAGUCCUCUGGGAGAGAUUUUGAACUAUACCACGGCUCCCUGUUGUCCAAGUGAUUUCAGUCCAGGAUACGUGUCCACUGAUACAUUAGAGAUUAUUUGGUCUGCUGUCCGCGGUGCUGAAAUGUACGAGACCAAGGCAGACGAUGGGACCAAUGUGAUACUCUGUAACGAUACAGCCACUGUAUGCGCUCUCUCAGGCCUGCAGUGCGACACUCAGUAUAAUGUCACAGUGUAUUCAUACAGUGAAAACAGGGGCAGCAACACAUCUUGUGCAUCUAAGGCUGUAAGGACAGCCCCCUGUAGUCCAGAAAUUACCAAUAUCACCAAGAUCAACACAAACACAUUUACGAUAUACUGGGAUUCCAGCAACUUUGAUGCAGUAUAUACGGUUACUGCUAGAGGAUCUGGUGGAGAGAUGGACUGCACCAACUCAGAUACUUACUGUUCGCUGGAGAACCUUCCAUGUGGGGCAUUAUAUAUGGUCAGUGUGGUGGCAACUGCACCAUCCGGCACAAGCCUUCCAAGCUACAGUGUACCUUUGGAAACAGAUCCAUGCUGCCCAUCUAAUCUCAGUGUGGUCCAAGUCACCCAGUCGGUGACAAAUGUCAGCUGGUCAGUUGCCACUGGAGCCCAAACCUAUACCACAAUGCUUGUCUCCCCAAGAGGGCAGGCAAAAUGCCACACUCUUCAGAACCAUUGCCUGCUGGGAUGUAUCACCUGUGGAACUAGCUAUUCCGUGUCAAUUGAAGCCACAAGCCAAACUGGCCUAACUGCAAUGUGCACUUAUCAUGGCUACUCAUCGAGUGCUUGUUGUCCAUCUGGUGUGAAGCUGUACAGAUUGUCAAAUAGCGGCAUUCGGGUCACCUGGCGGGCAUCUUCUGGGCCAGCCAACUACACUGUCAACCUAUAUGGAUCUAAAGGAAACUUCACGUGUGUUCCCAACACCAGCUACAGUUACUGUGAUCUCACAGACAUACAAUGUGGGGAUGUUUACACUGUGGUGGUUUCUCCUAUUAGUAGUGGAGAACCCCAACUUUCCUUCUGUCCCAAAAAAAUAUAUUCUGUUACAUGCUCAGGAAGCUCACUUGGAAUGGUGAUCUACAGGGGAAAGAGAAGUGUCUCAUAGAAUGAAAAUAGAAUUAUCAUGGAAUCUGAAGACCAGGAAAAAUGACCAGCUCAAAGAUAUCCACUCAACAACAUUGAUGAAUGACAAUCCAAAGGGAUAACUGAUUCAUUUACUGUAUGAUACUAGUUUUGCCUGUUUCGAGCAUCACAGACAUCUGUAUAUGAAAUGUGCUUUGUUGGAUAGAAAAGCUUUAAACCAAAUUAAACAAUGCAAUAAAUUCUAAAAUGACCAUUUGGGAUGCAGUGUUUUUGUCACAUUAUAGGUAGAUUGUAUUGAUUCAGAAGAGCAGACUUUAAUCUAUAUCUGAGUUGUAUUGUUAAUUAUCUACUGAUGGAAUUCAAUGAUUUUGCAUUAAUCCUGGCCUUCCUGAUAAAUCCAUGUCCAACUCCCAAACUAGUGAUUCAUUGGGAGCAAAUUAUGGGUAUUUACUAAAGGUGCCAAUGGUUUACCAGCUAACACUCAGAUACCAGAACUUUGUUUAAUGGGUACCUGCACAUCCAAACCUUUUUACCUCCUCCUCUUAUCUCCACGGAAGUUUGGUCAGUUUUAGGAAGUGUUAGAGAACAGUCAGUAAGUGUUCCUGACAUGGAUAUCAUUCAGCUUGAGUUGUAACACUCAUGGCCCUUGGGUGGAGGUAAAAUGUCUAUGUGGGGUAGUUUGGGUCAAGGUUGACCCUACCAUACAGCAAAACCAGGCUACUGUCAAGAAGUUAAUCUGAAGUUUAGAAACCCCAGGACCAGCCCUAAUUUGGGGUAGGUCAUUACAUGUCUUCACACUUCAGCAGGUGCCAUGAAACCAUUUACAGCCCUAAUAUUUACAUUCUUUGAACAAGAUCCAUAAUUAUUAAUGUAAAAUGUAAUUGCCA